AUGGAAGGAGAACAGAAAAGAGGAGGAAAAAGAGGAAAAAGUGGUCCUCGUGGAUCAGGAAUAAUGUCCAAAAGGCGAAAACUUGAUGUAGGAAGAGGCUGCAAAGGCGUCAUAUUGACUUGUAACCGUAAUCCUCUUGAUGCAUGCAACGAGUUUAUUAAUAUUUUAGACCGCUACUUGGAGGAGUUCAGCCCAUCAUCAGGAACAAACUCUGAGGGACAUGUAUCACGUAUUCUUCCUUUAGAUUUUUGUGUUUCUCCAACAACAAAAGAUUUAGAUGAUGCAUGCAGAUCUAUUUGCUGCUCUUCUUUGCCUCUAUCAGCAGCAGCUAUGAAUCCGCAUGCACAGACUCCCGCUGCUGCUGCUCCUGCUCCUGCUCCUGAUACAGCUGCAGAUGCAACUACAGCAGAAGAAAAGGAUGCAGCAACAGCAACAGAUGAUGCAGCAACAGCAGCAGCAUCUGCAGCAACAACAGCAACAGCUGCAUCUACGAGCAGCGAUGCAGCAGAAACAGCAGCAGCAGCAACAACAGAAGCAACAGAAGCAGCAACAGAAGCAGCAACAGAAGCAGCAACAGAAGCAGCAACAGAAGCAGCAGCAG